UAUGUUCACAGAGUAACCCUAUUACGAAGCCAAGGUGUUUCUUAAAUCUUAUAAUGAUGCUAUAUCAUGUUUAAGGUAAGCUAAUUAUCAUAGUAAUUUAAUAGAGAGGCAGCUGAAUAAAAAGCUCAUGUUGAAUUCUAGGAACAUGUACUCUAAUCACUUGCAACAGCUCGUACCAGAUAGGAGGUAGAAAUCUUUAAUAUGUUAGUUGGAUGUGAGAGAUGGUUAAGUAGUACCAGGAUUAAAUUUUGGGUAAUCAAAGUAGACCAAGCUCUUCUAAUUUUCAAAGUAUCUAUUUAUCAUAUAUGUCAAGUCAUGUGUUUGCAAAAUAUUUCAAAGGAUUUGAGGAAUACAGCGGCAAUUUCAAGGGCUUCCAAUAGGUUAUAACAGAGGGACUUAAAAAAUUGAAGUCAGAUGUGAAAUGAA